CGCCGCCGGCCAAGCCCGAGCAAGCCAGGAGGCAGCGGGCUCUGUGGAGGCGACAUGUACCGGCUCCUGUCAAGCGUGACAGCUCGAGCUGCGGCCACCGCAGGCCCAGCCUGGGGCGGAGGGCGGCGCGGAGCGCACUGGCGACCGGGUCUGCCUGUGCUGGGCCUUGGCUGGGCCGGCGGCCUGGGGCUCGGGCUGGGGCUGGCGCUCGGCGCGAAGCUGGUGGUCGGGCUGCGGGGCGCCGUCCCCGUUCAGUCCCCCGCGGACCCCGAGGCGUCCGGCGCUACCGAGCUAUCAUCUCACGAUCAGGCCCCGAGCCCGGGGAGCCCGCACACGCCUGCGCCGCCCGCAGCCAGGGGCUUCUCCAGAGCCAUCGAGAGCAGCCGCGAUCUGCUACACCGGAUCAAGGACGAGGUUGGUGCCCCCGGCAUAGUGGUUGGAGUUUCUGUAGAUGGAAAAGAAGUCUGGUCAGAAGGAUUAGGCUACGCAGACGUGGAGAACCGCGUACCCUGUAAACCAGAAACGGUCAUGAGAAUCGCAAGCAUCAGCAAAAGCCUCACCAUGGUGGCUCUGGCUAAACUGUGGGAAGCAGGGAAGCUGGAUCUGGACCUCCCUGUGCAGCACUAUGUUCCCGAGUUCCCAGAAAAAGAAUACGAGGGUGAAAAGGUUUCUGUCACAACAAGAUUACUAAUUUCCCACUUAAGUGGAAUUCGUCAUUAUGAAAAGGACAUAAAGAAAGUGAAAGAAGAGAAAGCUUAUAAAGCCCAGAAGAUGGUGAAAGGGAUGCCGCCACCAUCUGACCAAGAGAAAGAACUGAAAGAAAAGGGAGGCAAAAACAACGAAAAGAGCGAAGCACCAAAAGCCAAAGUGGAGCAGGAUGGCGAAGCCAGAUGCCGCAGCGCGAAGCCAGGCAAGAAAAAGAAUGACUUUGAACAGGGCGAAUUAUAUUUGAAAGAAAAGUUUGAAAAUUCAAUCGAAUCACUAAGAUUAUUUAAAAAUGAUCCUUUAUUCUUUAAACCUGGUAGUCAGUUUUUGUAUUCAACGUUUGGCUAUACUCUGCUGGCAGCCAUAGUAGAAAGAGCUUCAGGAUAUAAAUAUUUGGACUAUAUGCAGAAAAUUUUCCAUGAUUUGGACAUGCUGACAACUGUCCAGGAGGAAAACGAGCCAGUGAUUUACAACAGAGCAAGAUUUUAUGUGUACAAUAAAAAGAAACGUCUUGUCAACACACCUUACGUGGAUAACUCCUAUAAAUGGGCUGGUGGUGGAUUUCUGUCCACAGUGGGUGACCUUCUGAAAUUUGGAAAUGCAAUGCUGUAUGGCUACCAAGUUGGACAGUUUAAGAACUCAAAUGAAAAGCUCUUGCCUGGAUAUCUCAAGCCAGAAACGAUGGUGAUGAUGUGGACCCCAGUCCCUAACACGGAGAUGUCCUGGGAUAAAGAGGGGAAGUAUGCAAUGGCGUGGGGCGUUGUAGAGAAGAAGCAAACGUACGGAUCCUGCAGGAAGCAGCGGCACUACGCCUCACAUACUGGAGGUGCUGUGGGUGCCAGUAGUGUCCUGCUGGUCCUUCCUGAAGAACUGGACCCAGAGGCCGUAAAUAACAAGGUUCCCCCACGAGGAAUAAUCGUCUCUAUCAUAUGCAACAUGCAGUCUGUGGGGCUCAAUAGCACUGCUUUGAAGAUCGCCCUGGAAUUUGACAAAGACAGAGCUGACUAACCCUAACCAGUGGCACAGGUCCACAGUGAGCCUUUCGUCCUUACCCUAACCGGUGGCACAGGUCCACAGUGAGCCUUUCGUCCUUACCCUAACUGGUGGCACAGGUCCACAGCGAGCCUUUCGUCCUUUGAAAUGUUGACGUUCCCAAAUACAUAAACCCUUUAAGGAUACAUUUGUAAUAGAGUACAGUUAAAUGUGGAGAAUUAUGUACCUCUAAUUGCUUAAUUUUGUAACUGCCUUUUUAUUGGACAAUUAGUUCUUUACACUCAGGGAAAUAACAGUUGUUUCUACUUUUCAAAAAAAAUUGUUUACUCUUGAAAUAAAAUCUUCUGAUAAAAGAAGGCACUUUUUAGUUCCUA